UCCCAACAAACGGGCUCGCACAACUUCAGCUUUCUGACCGUUGCGUCAAAGUGCCUUGUUGCCAAGAACUCUUCUCUACUUAGAGUGAGCACGCAGAUAUGAUGGGAGUCGGUAUUUUUCAUGCGGGUGAUGGUGUUACAGCGUCCAGUUCUAAUUACGGUCGGGAUGUUGGCGGGAUCGCUGGAAUGACUGUCACGGCCGCUAGUGUUAUCAUGUCAGGAAUCGUCGCAAUAAUUGGGUCUGGCGUUGGUCUAAGCGUAUAGGAGUCGGUCGCGAAGCUCCUGGUAUAGUCCCCAUU